AUGGCCGGCCAUGUAGAUCCUGCCAUGCAGUUUGCAUCUGAACCCACUAUGGAUUACACUGCUCUUUUGUGCCGCAGACCAGACGAUGAUGUGGAUGUGCCUAAACCACCAAAACAUCUCGAAUUCUUACACCGCAUCUUAUCGGAAAAUGACGCUAAAACGCAGUCCCCACGACAGGGAGCGGACGUUUCCAACUGUGACUCUGACGAAAAGUCCGAUCAAGAUUCGAAAAAUAUGAGUCCAACAAAAAGUGCAUUCGUGCCUAGUGAGGAGUUGAUUCCACCUGACAAUUUUGCCAUGGUCAACUCAUGGGUAUACCGGAGCAGCUUUCCCAAAAAGAAACACUUCCCCUUCCUGAAGACGCUAGGCCUACGAAGCGUUUUGACGCUUAUUCUUGAAGAUUACCCCGAACAGAACAUUCAAUUUUUGGAUGAAAAUGGUAUCCGGUUCUUUCAGUACGGAAUCCCCGGUAACAAAGAACCUUUUGUACAGAUUCCUAGUCAGACCAUCACAGCAGCACUUGCUACAAUCCUGGACAGGCGAAAUCACCCCAUGUUGAUCCACUGCAACAAGGGCAAGCAUAGGACAGGCUGUCUAAUUGGCUGCUUGCGCAAACUGCAACAAUGGUCACUCACCACCAUUUUCGAUGAAUAUCGUCGCUUUAGCUAUCCUAAAUCUCGCAGCAUGGACCAGGAGUUUAUCGAGCUUUAUUCGGAACAGGCUGUAUGGCCACACAUCGAGCCGCAAUGGAUGCCUCGUUGGACAGUCUUAGGCCGGCGCGAAAUCCUGUCUUUGAUCACGUCCGCGACAACAGAUGCAUCACAUAAUGAUCAUGACAAUGAUGACGUAGUGCAUGGCAUGUAA